AUGGGCUCCCUGCCGACCCAACGACGCCUCCGCGCGGAGAGCGUGUGCAUCAUCGGAGCCGGGCCCUCAGGACUCGCGGCGGCAAAGUGAAUCCAUCCAGUCCGACGUCGUGCUCUUGGCGAGCGAUGGCUGACGGCGUGGAGCGUGUAGAUAUCUGCUUGCCGAACACGCCUUCUCCCGCAUCGCCGUCUUCGAGCAGCGCUCCCACCCGGGCGGCCUGUGGAACUACUCCCCCCGCCCCGCCACAACUCCCCUCCCCGUGCCCCAGACCGAUCCCCACCCCACCCCGGCCGCCUUCGUGAGCCCCGUCUACGACAGCCUGGAGACGAAUCUGCCCAAGGACCUCAUGCGCUUCUCCGAUCUCGACUGGCCCAGCCACAAUCAGCUCUUCCCCAAGCAUUCGCAGGUCCUAGAAUACCUGCAGCGCUACGCCGACGACGUCCACCAUCUCAUCUCCUUCAACACCCAGGUUCUCCAUGUCCGGCAGCAGCAGGAGUCCGGCUGGCUCGUCGAGACGCAACACGUCUCCCCGCAGGGCGAGCUGGACACCGUCCGGCACGUCUUUGAUGCCGUCAUCGUCGCGAGUGGCCAUUACGCCGUGCCAUACGUCCCCGCGGUGGAGGGCAUCGAGGCCUGGAACAGAGCCUACCCCGGAGCCAUCACGCAUUCCACGUUCUACCGCAAUCCCGAGAGCUACGCGGGCAAAAAGGUCGUCGUGGUCGGGAACUCCGCCUCGGGGAUCGAUAUUGGAACGCAGAUUGCUGCGGUCUGCAGGAAACCACUGCUGCAGUCGCAGAAGUCGGAAUCCUACCUGUCCCGGGCACUCGCACCCGGCAAGUCGGAGAGGCCGGAGAUCACAGAGUACAUCGUCUCCGACCGGAGCGUGCGCUUCAAGGACGGCACGAUCGAAGCGGAGAUCGAUGCCGUCCUGUAUUGCACCGGCUACUUCUUCGCCUACCCCUUCCUCCAGUCCUUGGAUCCGCCGCUCGUGACCACGGGCCAUCGGGUCGAGAAGACGUACCAGCACAUCUUCUACCAGUCGAACCCCACCCUGGCCAUCCUCGGUCUGACCCAGAAGGUCAUCCCCUUCCCCGUGGCAGAAGCACAGUCUGCGGUCGUGGCACGGGUAUACGCCGGCCGACUCUCGCUACCGAGCGAGGCCGAAAUGCUCUCCUGGGAGCGAGAAGUCGUGGCGGAGAUGGGCGACGGCAAAGGAUUCCACGUGCUGCAAUUCCCCAAGGAUGCCGAGUACAUCAACCUGCUGCAUGACUGGGCGGGGAGCGCCGACGAGCGCGUGCUGCAGGAUGGACUCGAGGUCGGGAAGACGCCCCCGUACUGGUCGGAGAGGGAGCAUUGGAUGCGCGAACGAUUCGCUGCCAUCAAGAAGGCCUUCCAGGAGUUCGGCGAGGAGAGGCAUCACAAACGCACGCUGGACGAUGUCGGAUACAGCUUCGACAAGUGGCACGCGGAGAGAGCGCAGGAACAGAGUGAACUGUGA